AGAUAUAUGGCAUCAUCGUCGUCAAAUUCGCCGUGUGCAGCAUGUAAGUUCCUGCGUCGCAAGUGCCAGCCAGAGUGCGUAUUUGCUCCGUACUUCCCACCGGAUCAGCCCCAGAAGUUUGCAAAUGUUCACAAAGUUUUUGGGGCGAGCAACGUGACCAAGCUGCUUAAUGAGUUGCACCCCCACCAGCGUGAGGAUGCCGUCAACUCUCUUGCCUAUGAGGCUGACAUGCGCCUCCGGGAUCCUGUCUACGGCUGUGUCGGAGUCAUCUCUCUACUCCAACACCAAUUACGCCAGCUUCAGAUGGAUCUAACCUGCGCCAAAUCUGAACUCUUGAAGUACCAAAACCUCCAGGGAAUCACUAGCCACGGACUCAUAGCGGCCGCAGCCGCGGCCGCUGCAGCCACGGCAACCACUCACCACAAUAACAACAUUCUCAAUAAUCAAUUUAACUUUUUGUCCUCGCCGCGGGAGAGGGAGAGAGAGAUCAAUCUCAUCUCUAGUACCACCACUGGAAAUGGCAUCGGCACCGGAGGGGGAGGAGGAGGUCGCGGAUCGGUAGACCACUAUAAUAGUAUAGCACACCACCAGUUCUUCCCCAGAGACCAGCAACAGCAACAGAUGAUCAGGACAUUUGAUCCGGCAGCAGGGGGAAACAUAAACUAUGAUGCAAGCAGCCUUUUGGCUAUGAACGUUUCGGCCGGCAUUCCAUUUCAGCAACCUAGGGCUGCUGCCGGGGAUGACCGCCGAACCAUUGAUCCCUCUUAG